AGAAACAAAAGCUCAGCAUUCAAUAUAAUGAAGACUUCCUUGUUUUCCCUCUUCGUUCUCUUUGCCUUCUUAUUCACUUCUUCAGCAACAGCUAAAUUUGUCCUUGACAGUCGAGGCAAUCCCCUUGAGAAUGGUGGUUCAUACUACAUCCUUCCACAUAUCUGGCCCUUAGGUGAUGGCUUAGAUCUCGCCAAGACUGGAAAUAAUGAAACUUGCCCCCUUAGUGUUGUGGUACUGCCAUAUACCAUUAAUAUCAACUAUGGCUUGCCUUGGACAAUCUUGUCCCCAUCAAGAAUCAGAUUCGUCCCAACGAACACAAAGUUGGACUUCUUCUCCGUUGAGGGAAAAGUACCAACUUGUGUUCCUAUUCCGUCCAAGUGGUCUAUUCUUGAGGGAGAAGAUGGGAUUAAGUCUGUGGAAAUCAGUGGGUGCGAGAAAACUGUUGAGGGUAGGUUCAAGAUUGAAGCAACAACUAGUUAUGCGUAUAAGAUUGUGUUCUGUCCCAUUAAUGGUGAUUCUUGUAAAGAUCUUGGGAUGUCUUCUUCUGGACGGCAAUUGGUUAUCACUGAUGAUAUCCCUCUUUAUGUUGUGUUCUUCAAAGCUGAAUCAUCAUCUGAUGCACAAAGAGCCUCUAUUAUGUGAAGUGUUAUCGACUAUGAAUAAGUAAUGUGCAGGAUUAUUCUUAGUUAAUUCCUUGCACUUUGUCGAUCAUAAAUAUAAAUAAAGUCGUGCUUCAAGAAGCU